CAAUAAUGUGGGCAAAAAUCAACUUCUUUGAAACAGCUCUGACUAGAGACGAAGUCUAUCCUGUAAAGGUCACACCCUGGUUUUCCGAGAAGAGCAACAAACUGAGAUCCAUAUCUUCUUCUUUGUUCGUGCCUGCUAGAUAUUGUUAAAUCACCCUACUUUUUUAAUUCAAUCUAGCUGAAUUCGCAGCAGUUCAAACUUCAAAUCGAGAUACUAAGUUCCCAAAAUGAGCGACAGUGAUGAUGACGAGCUGUUACAGAUGGCUUUGAAAGAGCAAUCUCAGAGGGAUGUCAACUACUCAAGACCAUCUCAGUCUCGAUCCUCAAAACCUGUAGUCAAUUUUGUUCAACCGCCGUCAAAUCACAGGUCUGCUAAAAACCCUAAUCCAGUGACCACCACAAAACCACAACAUCGUCGGAACGCCACAGAGGACGAUGAUGAAUCGGAAGUGGAGAUGCUUAGUAUUUCUUCAGGCGAUGAAGAUUCGGUUACUGAUCAGAAGGUCGGGUCGAGGAAUCGGGCCAAGGGUGCAGGUAGAGGUGGUGUGAAGGAUGAUGAUAAACUUUGGGUUGGGGAAGAACCCGAUGCUUGGAAGCGAGUAGAUGAAGCAGAGCUUGGCAGAAGGGUUCGUGACAUGAGGGAGACAAGAACACCACCUCCAACAACAACUCAAAAGUUUGAGAAGAAACCAUCAGUUGCUAUAAAAGGCCUCAAUAAUUUACACUCUUUCUCCCGUGGCAUGGAAUUUGUAGAUCCUCUUGGACUUGGGGUUAUAGACAACAGAACAUUGAGGUUGGUUAAUGAAUAUACAGCAAGUUCUCCAUCCAAGUCUGACAAAGUAGAUGCUGAUGUUCGAGAUAAAUUGAUGUAUUACUCUGAAAGUUUUGAUCCAAAAUUAUUCCUAUGUCGGGUCCACCAAGAUACAGCUGCAGCAGACUUGGAGGCUGGUGCUUUGGCAUUGAAAACUGAUCUUAAAGGAAGAACUCAACAGAGAAAACAAUUGGUCAAAGAAAAUUUCGAUUGCUUUGUCUCUUGUAAAACAACAAUUGAUGAUAUUGAGUCAAAAUUGAGAAGAAUAGAAGAAGAUCCGGAAGGUUGUGGAACAUCUCAUUUAUAUGGUUCUAUUCAAGGAGUCACUUCAGUGGCUAAUCGUGCUUUUGCACCCUUACUUGAAAGACAGGCUCAAGCAGAAAAGAUUAGGUCAGUUCAAGGAAUGCUUCAGAGAUUUCGCACUUUAUUUAAUUUACCAAGUGCAAUACGUGGUAAUAUUAAUAAAGGAGAAUAUGACCUGGCAGUCAGAGAAUACAGAAAAGCAAAGUCAAUUGUUCUCCCUUCUCAUGUUGGAAUAUUGAAACGUGUUCUUGAGGAAGUUGAAAAAGUGAUGAACGAGUUCAAAAGCAUGCUUUAUCGGUCUAUGGAAAAUCCACAGAUUGAUCUAACAAAUCUUGAAAAUGUUGUGAGGCUUUUAUUGGAGCUGGAACCUGAGUCAGAUCCUGUACGCCAUUAUCUGAAUGUACAGAAUCAUAGGAUCCGAGGUUUGCUUGAAAAGUGCACUUAUGAUCAUGAAACAAGGAUAGAGAAUUUACAAAAUGAGCUACGCGAGAAAGCACUGUCUGAUGAAAAAUGGAGGAAAAUCCAGAUUGAAUUAAAUGAAACUGUGAGCAAAAUUUAUUUAUUUUGUGGAUACAUAAUAUAUUUUCUAUGUGUUAAAAGUAUAUUUCUUAUCUACUACAAACAGGGUGAUGUUAUGUCUACCGAUUUUGUGAAUGAUUUAAAUUCACAACAAAGAGAUUCAGGUGCUGAAGAACUUGAUGCUCUUAGAGGAAGGUACAUAAGAAGAUUAACUGCUGUAAUUAUUCAUCAUAUUCCAGCCUUCUGGAAAGUUGCCAUUUCUGUUUCAAAUGGGAAAUUCGCAAAGUCUUCCAAAGUCAAUAAAACUGAGGAAAAGACAGGAGAUGAAAAAUAUUCAAGUCAUUCUCUUGAUGAAGUGUCUGGAAUGAUACAGAAUACCUUAUCUGCAUAUGAAUCCAAGGUUCACAACACGUUUCUUGAUCUUGAAGAGUCGAAUAUUCUUCGCCCGUUUAUGAGUGAUGCAAUAAUAGAUAUAUCUAAAGCCUGUGAAGCUUUUGAAGCAAAAGAAGCAGCACCAUCUGUUGCAGUUGCAGCUCUGAGGACACUUGAGUAUGAGAUUACAAAAACUUACAUACAGAGGCUUAGUUCAUGGAUGAGAGCUUCAACUGAAGAAAUAUCAAAAAAUGAAUCAUGGAUUCCAGUUUCUGUUCUUGAGAGAAAUAAAUCUUUAUACACAAUUUCUCACUUGCCUCUAGCAUUCCGUUCAGUUAUGGUCACAGCAAUGGAUCAGAUAGAUAUGAUGAUGCAGUCUUUAGGGAGUGAAGCAAGAAAGUCAGAAGAUGCUUUUAUCCUGUUUCAAGAAACUCAAGAAUCCGUUAGGCUUUCAUUCUUGAACUGUUUGCUUGAUUUUGCUGGUUACUUGGAGCAAAUUGGAAGUGAGAUUGGUCAAAAUAUAUUAAAUAAAGAAAAUUCAUCUUUUCAAAAUGGGCAUCAUGUUGAUGAUGUGGAAGAAAGUUCAUCUGAUCCUCUUCCUGGAAGUAUUACACAUCCACAUCAAAAGCUGCUGAUGGUGUUGAGUAACCUAGGAUUUUGCAAAGAUGAUCUUUCUCGUGAAAUGCAUGAUAAAUACAAACACAUCUGGAUGCAAUCCAGGGAGAAAGAUGAUGAUGACAAUGAUGUGGGAGAUUUGGUUAGGUCUUUCUCUGGGCUGGAAGAAAAAGUCCUUUCACAGUAUACAAUUGCAAAGGCAAAUCAUGUUAGAACAGCUGCUGUCAACUAUUUGUUGGAUGCUGGAGUACAGUGGGGUGGAGCACCUGCAGUGAAAGGUGUACGGGAUGCUUCUGUUGAGUUACUCCACACUCUUGUAGCUGUACAUGCAGAGGUUUCUGCUGGUUGUAAGCCUUUGCUUGACAAGAUACUUAGGAUUCUGAUUGAAGGCUUAAUCGACACAUUACUUAGCCUUUUUCAUGAACAUAAAGACACGGAUGUAAGAACAUUGGAUGCAAAUGGGUUCUGCCAGCUUAUGCUUGAGCUUGAAUACUUUGAGACGAUAUUAAACCAGUAUUUGAGUCUGGAUGCGAGUGAAUCUCUGAAAUCACUACAAGGGGUAUUAUUGGAAAAAGCCACCGAAAGUUCCUCCGAACCCAAUGAUACUCCAAAGCAUCGUCGCCGUGUAACACGUGGAAGUGAUGAUAUGAUUGCAGAUGAUAGACAAGGGACCGUGUCUCCAGAUGAGCUAAUCGCACUUGCCCAACAAUGUAGCAGUGAGCUACUGCAGUUAGAGCUAAAAAGGACUGAGAUCAACACAGCAUGUUUUGGUGAGUCGCUUCCAUUGGAAUCUGGUCCGGUUGUAGUGCCCAAACCAGGUUAUGGUUCGUUUAGAGGCCCAGUAGACUCUUCUCCAAGCAGGGUUUACGGGUCUCCUAGUUUUUCAAGGCAAAAAAGGAGAUGAGGUUUGGAUUUUUUUUAUAAUAUAUAUAUAUACAUCGAAAACAUGAUUGUAUGUUUGUGUAGAUGUUAGAAUAAUUAGCAUAUUCUUUAAACUUUGUGUUGCUUUGUAAUUUUUAAUCGGCUUGAGGUAUUUCUGUUGUACAUACCAAAUUAUAUAUUAUGUUUUUGAUUUUGAUAUUA